AUGCUCAGUCAUAAAGUAAUCACAGGUUACGCAAAGUUCCAAAGACCAGUUGACAGAUGGGCGGGAAGAGGAUUAGGAGAGGGCGGGGCAGACAGGUCGUGGAACUGUACAGCCUAUAAAAGCCGAUGGAAGCUGUCAAUCCUCCGCUUUAUAUACCAUGAAUUCCCUUUUAUAUGGGUCAUCAUAGACUUUAUUGAUGAAACUUUACGUGUUAUGUGGGUCAUCAUCGAAUUUAUUAAUGGAACUUUACGUGUUAUAUGGGUCAUCAUAGAAUUUAUUAAUGGAUAUCGCAGCCCAUCCAACUUUUUAUUCAAAGUUACCUCAAACCCUCAUCCACCUUAUCUGCAGAUUCCUUUCGUCCUGACAACUGUGGUUGCUGCGGCACCUCAGGGAAAGUACUUACCAAAAUCUGCUGUAAAUGGACUUUCGCCUGGUCUGUCUCCAGAUAGUGGUGGUGGAACCGCACUCGGUGUUGGCUGUGAAGAAGGGGAGAUAAUCCAUUUAGAUGGGACUUGCGCAGACCCCUUAAUCAGCAGGAAACUUUACCUCUUCGAAGCCCCAGAGCAGCCACAUCAACCCACCGGUCCGCCUCCCCCUCUGCCACGACCGAAGGUAAAUCAAAACCACAUCUACGUGCGCGUGCCUGAAGAUACCCCAACGCCGGAGCCGGUCGUCAUUCCUCCACCAAGACGCAAAACCUUCGUUUAUGUUUUGAGAAAAGUGGACGAGAGAUCACAGCGGGUGAUUGAGGUUAAAUCCGUCCCAUCUCCCAGCCCUCAAGUUUAUUUCAUUAACUACCAGGAUGGAGAGAAUCCAUCUCUUCCAAUAGGUAUACAUAUUGAAACCGCCUUAGAUGCCAUUAGUGAAAACGUAGUCAGAAGUUUUAGAGGUAUACAAGGCGAUUCUGCUGAAUUAACUGGAGGCAUUAGGAGGUCUUCUGCAGGGUUAGGUAAAAGUACUAGUGCAACUUUCAGUAAUAACGGAGUCCUCAUCGCUGGAAAUGGUAAUAGGCGUAGUAGAAGUAAUAAAAUGAAUAAAGGUUUUAUUUCAAGAUCUCUCACCUCCUCAGGUUUAUAUUCAAGAACUCAUGUUUCUUAA